AGUCGCUGCCGGGCGGCCCUCCUAUAAACACGGGGCUUCAUUCGGCGCUUCGGUCAGGAUAAUGAACGAGUUACAUGAAACAUGCUCUCAUUGACCCGGCUUUCGACCGCGGCACGAUGUGGAGGUGCUUCGUCUGGUCCGAGCCUCGCCUGAGUCGAGACGGGUGGCUGGGUUUGGCCAAAGCCGGCGGAGGGAGCGCAUGCGGCACCGUGCUCCCCUAACGGGGCUCCCCGGAAAGCGGAGCCCGGAGACCCCCGAGCAAAGGCCAGCUUGCUGCGCCCUCCAUUUUGAAGAGCCACUCCGUCGGCAGCAGCCUUGGCUAAUGAUGAUGCUUUAUUUCCCCUUAUUCAAAUCACUUAUCCUCUGGAUCUUAACGUAGUAUCAUCGUUGCUGGGGAGGCGACUGGUGAACAAUUUGCUUUGACGUUAAAAGUGAUAAUUGAAAUUGGGCUUCUUAGUGCUCAUCGCCACGCCGGAGUACUUCACUAUAAAAUAUAGCUGUUAAGUGGAUUUAUCAUGAUAGCAACAGGAGGGCUUCUUCGAAUUUCAGCCAGGAGACAAGACUCUUCUCGAUCCCGUAAUCAUAUUAAUAAACGAAAAAAGAAGGUGAAAAAGAAAUGCAAAAAUGAUGUGGUGGUAGUCAAAGGCAAAUUAAAGCUGUUUUCCAUUUCGGGAUUAAUUGCUGCAUUUGGAAUCCUGGUUCUGUUGGUGGGAAUUGCAAUGGCAAUGAUGGGCUAUUGGCCUAAGAACAAUAACAUUUUUGAGACUAUUGCAGUCCAGUCUUACAAUACCACAAAUAGUACAGCAUUGGAGACAACAACAAUUGAGGUUAUUUCUAAAUUUUUAGCAAGCUACUUGCAUUCUGAAAAGCUGAAGGUUUUAGGACCGCUCAUCAUGGGAAUUGGUAUAUUUUUGUUUAUCUGUGCCAAUGCAGUUCUUCAUGAAAACAGAGACAAGAAAACUAAGGUAAUUAAUUUAAGAGACAUCUAUUCUACAGUAAUAGAUGCACACAAUUUGAGAACAAAGGACUCUGGACCAUUUAAUGGUUUUGUCAACUAUGUGCAGUCCAAAAGCAUGGAUAAUCUGAAAUCUCCUGAAUCUUUUUGUGCAGCAAUGUUAGACAAAAGUAGCUGGCAGAAUCCCAUUGGCAAUACUGUAAAGCCUUUGGAUCCAAAAGAAAGUACUGUUAAAAAGCUCUGUGAUUCUGGAACAAAUUUACGUCAACAAAUUUCCAAAGAUAGAAAGACAUUAUCAGAUUCUGUGUACAGUAUUUGCAGAGACAGAAUGAAGAUGAAUGAUCAAAUGCAAAUGCCCAAAAUGUGUGGCACUAGAUCAAUUGUCCCUUCUUCUAUAAAUGCAUUCACGCUGCCUGUUAUCAAACUGAAUAACUGUGUUCUAGAAGAGGGUGGUACAAGGAUUGGAAAAAUUGGGAACAAAACACAACCUUCAUCAAAAAGUGAUGAAACUCAACAAGAAUUGGAGAAUGUUUCCUCUGAUCAGAUUGGUACUACCAAAUGCAUUUCUGCAGCUGUAACCACAAGCAGCGAUCAUGUGGGAGAUAAUAUCCAGGACACAGAGUCUUCAAAUACCUCAUGGUUAAAUCAUAACCAAUUCACAUCCAACAAAUGCUCUCCAAAUUCCUCUUCUGAAGUGAGCCAGGUUUCUCCAGCUCCUUUCCAGAGAGAAUCAGGAUCCAACCUUUCCCUCCAUAGUUUGCCAACUCAUCCUAAACUUCGGAACCUUGAUGAAUAUCCUUCUACUUCCACAACGCUGAGUGAAGGAAUAGAUCCAAACUGCUCAGAUAUAGACUGUGCCAAUGAUAAGGGCUACACAAUUUUGGGUGACAGCGGUUCCUUUGAGUCUGCUCAUUUGCUUCCAGAAGCCAUAAACCAGUCUAAUGACUGUACAGAGAACUCUAAUAAAGACAUUAUUGAAGAAAACAUAAAAGCAAGUGAUGAACCAAGUAUGGACAAACCUCAGCAAUGUGUUGAAAGACAGUACACAAAGAAAGAGAAACUAUUAAUGAUUUCUGGUUCACAUUGUACCCUAAGAAUAAACAAUGAUGAAUUUGAUAAUAUUUAGUAAUAGCAUAUUAAUAGAUAGUUGGAUCAGCUAUAGAAAAUACAAUGAGACUGGUAGCAAAGAAUAUCACUUACCUGUAGUUACUGAUUACUGAAUGUCAGUCAAGUUCCAAAGACUCAUAGUUAUUUGUCCUGGAGCUAACCCAUCCAGUUUCUUUAGUUGCUUCCAAUUGUAAAUGCCUCAGCCAUUAGCUGACAAUUGUUCAUCUCAGUUAAAAGCUUCAUAGGAGGUUUUACUACAAUUAGUUAUUUGUAAACAGUUUAUCAACAUUGAAAAUGUCAUUUAGGAUUGUGUGUUUACAGUUUUGAACUAUCAGUAUAAGCAGAUUAACGUACUGAAUCCACUGAUAAAUUGAAGGAAAUACAGAGAUUCCUUGUACAAGCACAUAAUGCACUAAACUACAUAAAUAUUGUAUUGAAAAUUGUUCAGUGUGUCAUUUAAGUUGCAUCUGAGAACCAAUGUACUUUUGUAGUAAUUAAGAGGUCUAAUCAAAUAAUAGUUAUUAUUUAUAUUAAUCUGAAAUUUAUACAAGGCCU